AUGAGAGGUGGACAUGAGAGCAGGUCACCGGAACAAGAUCAAACAAGCUCUGUCGAACCGAAUCAGCGCAUCUCAAGUGGUAACCAUCAGAUCCCCUGUCGUCGUCCGCUGUCGGGCUGGGCACCGUCAAGACAAACCCCCGACACCGCCACCCACAUACUCAUGGAAGGAAACGAAUACCUCAGGCGAGAUGGCAUGAACGCUAAAGUCAUCUGCGGACAUUGCUCGGCUCGCGGCCACGCGUUGAUCGAUUGCAUUUGGCCUGGCCCAUUCGGCGACAUUGACGGAUGCCCUCUGCGCAAUACCACACAACAUCGUCUUGACAAUUGCCGAUCAUUACACAAGUCCAAUUCAAUCGCUGAAGAAGAAGACAUACUUCAUCAUGUACUGAUUGUUCGACGCGCGAACAAGCCCCCGAUAUUGACCAAGUACGCUUGGGUCCUUCUCGAAGACUAUUUCCAGGCCCUUCAUAUCUUUCCAGCCCACGGACGCCCAGUUGGAUAUCCCUGGACAAAAUCUUUCUCCACGGAGGUCUGGAAAGACACAUUCAAAGACGUGAACAAGCAGUUUUGGCUCACGUACGACUAG